UGACAGCUGGUCAUGCGGCCUUCACUGUUUUGAUUCACAGCUCGGACAGGCGGGGUACAGCGAUGGCGGAGGACUGGAAGUCCGUGUAAUUGCUCCAAGCUACGGUAUCUACCGCGGUAACGGCUGUUGUACGGAAGAAGAUAUUGGAGUCAUCGGGGAAAGCUGGCGGCUUUUUACGGUACUCGAUUCCUUCCGGAUGACAUGGAGAUAUCGGCGGAGGGAGAGGCGGAAGAGCGCCGUAAGGAGCAAUGGAAGCUACUGUCCAGCCUGAAGACCACGGUGGAGGGUCUUGUGUCCACCAACAAUCCCAACGUGUGGUCACGUUAUGGCGGCUUGCAACGGCUGCACAAGGACAUGAACAACAUCCUGAGCCAUGGGCUAAAGAAUGAGCAGGUGUACUACAAGCAGAGAGACUAUUGGCCGUUUGUGUGGUGUGUUCGCUACAUCAGCCCUCACCUCGCCUCGCACGUUGAACAGUUCAGUCAUCUGGAGCCGGUACUGAGCAGCGGGAUGCAGAGGGCUGGUGAGAGCUACAAGGCUGAGCGCUGGCUCCUUCACAGCUUACAGGUUCACUUGCUGUCGGCUCAGCUACGACCUCUGCUCCGGCAUCUGGGGCAUACACGAAAAUACUAUAAUGAUGAUGCCUUUCUUCUGAGCGAGCCCCAUGUGACCGCCAUGUUCCAGUGUCUGGAAGCUGUGGAGCAGAAUAACCCCAAACUGCUGGCCCAAGUAGAUACUUUCGGGCUCUCCCCUCUGAAGGGCCCACCAUGUAUGGGCCUUUUAAAGAGCCAGAGCCUGUGUGUGUUGCCUGGGGUUGGAGGUGUUUGGAGGAACGCUGACUCGGCUCCCAGAGGAGAAUCUCUAAAUCGCAGACUCACCACCUCCAACUGCUCCCUCAGAGAAGCCGUGGCCACCAGCCACAACUCUGGGAACACUACGGGAGACGGAUCCCAAAACAGCAACAGCACAAACACUACCUCUCCAGCCAGCAGCCUGGGAGCUCCCUGGGUGUGUGUGUCUAGGCGGGGGGAGAGUGAGCGGGGCGUGACACCCCCUCCUGGCUCCGCCUUGGUCCCAUGUAUCUCGCUCACAGAGUCCCCCACGUCCACCUCCCUUCAGCCUGAGGCUGGGGACUCUGGUGAGGGCGACUAUGACGACGGUCCAGAGUACCUGGCUAUUGGUAACCUGGGUCAACGCAGCCGCUGUGACUCCCUAAGCUCCAACCACAGCAGUGAGCAGGGCAUCACCCAGGACCAGUCCCUGCAACGGAGUUCCAUAGCUCCGCCUCCACCCAGAAGCUCAUCUUUCUCAGAGGGCCAGAGGGAGCUGGGCCGGGGGCCCAGAGGACACACUCGUUCGUUUUCUGACACAGGGUUCAAUCAGAAACUCAGGAACGAAUCAGCAGGGGACGACUGCUGCAUCAAGAACUACAGCCCUUUCUCACCUCAGUGUAAAGAUGCCAGCUCUCCCAGUUCCCUCUACAUGGAGUCUCAUGGAUCCCAGUACAACAGUGUUCCCGAUGGGAUGUUCAGGAAGCCGUCAGAGGGCCAGAGCCUCAUCAGCUACCUGUCAGAGCAGGACUUUGGCAGCUGUGCUGACCUUGAGAAGGAAAAUGCUCAUUUUAGCAUUUCAGAGUCCCUUAUUGCUGCCAUCGAGCUGAUGAAGUACAACAUGCGGCGUCAGGAGGAGGGCGAGGAGGAGGUAGACAGCGACUGUGAGAUUCAGCAGCUCAAACAGAAGAUCCGUCUGCGCAGGCAGCAGAUCCGACGCAGCCGCCUGCCGCCAUGCGCAGACCCCCAGCACAUUUUCCACUCCACUGACAGCGGAGGCUCCAGGAGGAGCUCUCAGGACUCCUGCCAGGGCCUGUCUGACUCCGGCUCAGCUGAGGAGGUGGAGGAGUGCGAACUACGAGAUGGCUGUGAGGGUCAGUCCCUGCUGGCGGUGUCUCAGAACGGCCUCUCCCUGUCACUCGCCUCCCUCUUCUCAGAUGCAGACAUUAAGCGCAGCGUAAGCUCCAGUGGCAGGUCUCUUCUCAGCUCCGAGUCAAUCUCUCCGUCCUUCCUCCACUCUAACUCGGCUGAGUCGGUAGCCAUGGGUUUACUCAGGCAAUUUGAGGGCAUGCAGCUUCCUGCAGCCUCUGAGCUCGACUGGCUGGUCCCAGAACACGACGCUCCACAGAAGCUGCUGCCCAUCCCUGACUCUCUGCCGAUCUCACCUGAUGAUGGUGAACACGCAGACAUAUACAAGCUGAGGAUUCGGGUUCGAGGUAACCUGGAGUGGGCGCCGCCCCGACCACAGAUCAUCUUCAACAUUCAUUCCACCCCAAAGAGGAAGAUAGAUGUGGCUAAACAGAACUACCGCUGCGCUGGCUGUGGUACCCGGAUCGACCCAGAUUAUAUCAAGCGACUGCGUUACUGUGAAUACCUCGGCCGUUACUUCUGCCAGUGCUGCCAUGAGAACGCCCAGGCGGUGGUACCUGCCCGAGUGCUGAGGAAGUGGGACUUCAGCAAGUACUAUGUCAGCAACUUUGCCCGGGACCUGCUGAGCAAGAUUGCCGGAGACCCGCUAUUCAACCCCAAUGACAUCAACAGUGGCCUGUACAAGAAGAUCAAAGCUCUGGAGGCAGUCAGGGUUUUGAGAGUGCAGCUGUUUCACAUGAAAAAUCUCUUCAAGACCUGUCGCUUUGCAAAAGAGGUGCUGGACCAGUUCGACAGCCUGCCAGGUCACCUGACCGAGGACCUUCAUCUCUUUUCCCUCAGCGACCUCACUGCUGUGCGUAACGGGGAACUGGCUCCCCGGAUGAAAGUGCUCCUAAAACUUGGUACCCUGCACGCAGCUGGCUGUGUGCUGUGUCAGGCCAAGGGCUUUGUGUGCGAGUUUUGCAGCAACGACAAAGACAUCAUCUUCCCCUUCCAGCUGAACAAGUGCCAGCGCUGCGAAGAGUGCCAUGCGUGUUACCAUCGCAGCUGUUUCCGGACAGGCAAAGACUGUCCUCGAUGUCAGCGGCUGGCAGAGCGGAGAGAGAGGAUGGCACGCAAAAACAUGGAGGAACAAGAAGACGAGGGCGGUGGGCCCUAGUGCCGGUAACAGAAGACACUCUGAGACAAUGCGACCAUGAUUGUAGUGACAGACCGCCUCGCUUUCUGUUCCAGUCCUCUUCCACCCGGGUGACAAUACAGCAAACUAAUGUUCAAUCUCAAGAGAUUGCCAGAUGUGCAGAUUUUACGACAACAGUGCAUCAGUUGUGUUUAGUAUGGCUACUGUUGAUUUUCAUAGGCAUUUAAGUGUAAACUUGUCCACUUUCACACAUGCAGUUUACUCUGAGUAGUGGUUGUUUUUUGUGUCCGCGUAAUUUAUGAAUAGGAGUCUUGAGUCAAUUUUUCCAUGAAAGUGUUGUGAAUUGCUCAGGCUUUUUUUUUUUAUAAUCAGGAAUUCUUUAAAAAUACUCUAAAAACUAUCUUGAGAUUGGCUCAUCCUAAAUAUUUAAUUCAAAUAAAUACUUAUUUAUACACAUUUCCUUAGACAUAAUAUGUUUUAAAUGACAAAACCUUCUGACAUGUGACUUACAGAGACUUAAAGUCACAUGUGUGAAAAGGACCUGAGAUUCACUAAACGUUUUGGCACUUUUUUCCAUUGUGGUACAUCUAAUUUAUUUGGGAUUUAACUAGAUCAGAAAACUAUUGUACCCAGGUUUGAUAUUCUUGUUUCCUUCAAUUGCAGCUUUUUUGCAACGGCUUCAAUUGUGGUAAAUAUAUUGGCUACUGGCUUAGCUGACGUUUGUUUUUGUGACUUAAAAUGGCAGGAUCUAUUUAAAAAACCCAAAAAAUUCUCUUUAAUGUUUUGACAGAUUUUUCAGUGCAGACACUGUAUUUGAUCAAUCUUGCCCUUUUUUAUAUUGAGAUUUUUAUUUUAGUUUGUAAAUAUUGAAGGUGUUUGACUAAUCCUUUCUCCAAUGCGCCUACUGUUCCCUUUUAAGCUCUUAACCAUGCUUAUGUGCCUCUGGGACCAAUGAACUAAGACUGGAUGAGCCUGUGGAGUUACAUUGGAAAGUUGAGUUUAUAGAAGGACUUGAAUUAGACUUCAGUUAGUGUGUGUGUGUGUGUGUGUGUGUGUGUGUGUGUGUGUGUGUGUGUGUGUGUGUGUGUGUGUGUGUGUGUGUGUGUGUGUGUGUGUGUGUGUGUGUGUGUGUGUGUGUGUGUGUGUGUGUGUGUGUGUGUGUGUGUGUGUGUGUGUGUGUGUGUGUGUGUGUGUGUGUGUGUGUGUGUGUGUGUGUGUGUGUGUGUGUGUGUGUGUGUGUGUGUGUGUGUGUGUGUGUGUGUGUGUGUGUGUGUGUGUGUGUGUGUGUGUGUGUGUGUGUGUGUGUGUGUGUGUGUGUGUGUGUGUGUGUGUGUGUGUGUGUGUGUGUGUGUGUGUGUGUGUGUGUGUGUGUGUGUGUGUGUGUGUGUGUGUGUGUGUGUGUUGUGUGUGUGUGUGUGUGUGUGUGUGUGUGUGUGUGUGUGUGUGUGUGUGUGUGUGUGUGCGUGCUGUAUAUGCAAUCAUGCACAAAAGGUUUGCACCAGCCUAAUCAGCACUUGUUUCUAACGUCGCAGGUUUUGGAAUAAUAGCGUUGAGUUAAUUGCACUGAUCCGUCUGUUGUUGUUGUUAUUGUUGGAGGGGUUGGCACAUCACUCUUUAGGUGAUGUUCGUUUUAAGAAUAUGAACGUUGAAUGCACUACAUUAUGAAGGGGUUCAGUCCAUAAUUACAGAGCCACAAUUGAAUAGAUAAGUCAUACUCUUAACAUGCAGCAACAUAAUUAUCAAAAUGUAUUAAUCACCUCUUGGACUGAAAUUCUUCAUACUUAAAAUAUGUCAGUUCAAAAAAGUAGCUUGGGCCAGCAGCUGGUUAGCUUACCUUACCUUAAAGACUGGAAAUGGAGGGAUCCAGCUAUAGCCUGGUUUCUAAAAUGCUAAAGCUCAAUAACUGACAGCAGUUGAACCAAACAACAUGUUUUCUUUCUCAGAUUUUUUUUGGAGUGAUAUCUAGAGGCAAGGGAGACAAGUAUUCAAGUAUUUCACAGGUAAAAAGCAGAAAUUGUGUGAAGAAAAUGUAAAGUUUUACUAGACAAUGUGUCCUGCACUUGUACUCAUCCUGACCCCUCAGACACAUUUGGGACCCCUUAAUUUUACAGCAAUGUUAUGUGAACCAACCUGUUAAUGGAUCUCCAGUCCAUACCGUCCUCAUCAGGCUUUGCUUUAUGUGUACAAUCAAUCCCUCACGAGGUCAUCGCACUCUCAUGAGAACCCACUUAAAGCAAAACAUGUGAUAUGUAUGUCCAUAAGCCCCCACAGAUGAGUAUUAAAGAGAUAAACUGCGCCCAUGUCUUCAGGCUCCUUUCGAAGGGAACACGUAAACCUCUUCAAUGAAGUGGCCGCUCGACUCAGCAGAUGGUUUAUCUUUAAACUGUCUUUAACAUGGAGGUGUUCAAAGUGCACUACAGAUUAAAGUGUCUGUUAUACAAAAAUGUAAUUGAUUUGUGUUAAUUUGUCUUUGUUCUGUAAUUGACAAUAAAAGACUGGCCAGACUGUU